UGGUUUUCCAAUUACAGUUUUGCUUUCGAUUAAUCCCCAAUUUGAGGCAAUUGAGAUUUGAGCCCCAAAAAACCCAAGUCCGAAAUAAUUCUGACCCUCUUCUUCUCGGACCCAUCUUCCUUCUUCUUCCUAUUUCUUCGUCCCCGAUUCCAGACUCGCUUCGUGUCAAUUCGCACGUGUGGGGAGAAGAGCGAACCCAUUUGGAGACGACGGUGCCAUACGACCCCUCUCUGUUUCAACUCGCACCUGCAAUCGCCGAUCGACGUAGCUCAUUCGGGUCGCGCCGUUUCGAAGCCCUCUAUCAAUUCCGAGCUCCGAUCGCUGCUCCGAUUGAUUUCAGUAUGGAGGGGAGUCUAUGAUAGCUAAAGAUGAGUAGGCGGUGCAAUUGUAAAGGUUUUCAUUCUAAGUUAUGUGGUACUUGAUACUUAGAGAGUCAGCAUCGUGAAGCAUAAAGAAGAUGAAUGCACAGGCGCAUAUGUCUGGACAAAUCUCUGGGCAGGUGCCCAAUCAGACAGGUUCUCAGUUGCCUGUACUGCCCCAACAUAACGGAAAUGCCAUUCCUCCCCAAAUGCAAAAUGUAGGCGGGCCACCUCGUGUGAUCAACACUUUGGACCCCGAGCUUGUUAGAGCUCGUCACUUUAUGCAGGAGAAGAUCUGUCGUGUUAUACAGCAGCGGCAACUUCCCCAGCCAAUGAAUGAAAGGAAGUUUAGGGAUAUUGUUAAACGCUUGGAGGAGGGUUUGUUGAGAUCAGCUGUCAACAAGGAGGACUAUAUGAACCUGGACACAUUAGAGAGCCGUUUGCAUAAUCUGAUCAAGCGUUCUCCUCAGACCAACCAGAGCCAACAGUAUCCACAGCUUGUUAAUUCUUCCUCUCCUGUUGGUACGAUGAUACCGACCCCUGGCAUGUCACACAGUGGGAACUCAAAUAUGAUGGUUACUUCUUCCAUGGACGCUUCUAUGAUCAAUACUGGUGGAACUACUAGCAUACCACCCACAACGGUCAGCACAGGAAACAUGUUGCCAGGUGGUGGCUUACAUGGUUCGUUUAAUAGAGCUGAUGGUUCUAUGUCUAAUGGAUAUCAGCAGUCUCCUGCCAAUUUCUCCAUUGGUUCUGGAGGAAACAUGUCGUCGAUGGGUGCACAAAGAAUUGCAAGCCAAAUGAUUCCCACUCCUGGGUUUAAUAACAGUGGUAACCAAUCUUACAUGAAUUUGGAAUCCUCUAAUAACAGUGCUGGGUUCUCUACUGUUGAUUCUUCAAUGGUAACGCAACCGCAACAGCAAAAGCAGCAUAUUGGUAGUCAAAACAGCCGUAUGCUUCAUAACCUUGGCAGCCAAGGGAGUAGUGGAAUGAGGUCCGGCUUGCAGCAGAAAUCGUAUGGGAUGUCAAAUGGGUCUAUAAAUGGUGGAAUGGGAAUGAUUGCAAACAAUUUACCAAUUGUUAAUGAAACUGGCAUUUCGGAUAGCUAUGUGACCCCCACAACUUAUGCCAAUUCUUCCAAACCCUUACAGCAACACUUUGAUCCACAUCAGCGGCCUGUAAUGCAAGGUGAUGGCUACGGCAUAAACAAUGCUGAUUCUUUUGGGUCUGGAAAUUACUAUGGUGCACCGGCUUCUGGGUCAAUGAUGAAUCCUCAAAAUUUGAAUUCAGUCAGCAUGACACCUAUAUCCAAGACCAGCUCUCCCCUUAUAAGUAAUCAGUCCAAUAUGCAUACUCAACAACAAAGUCUCCAUGUGAAGCCUCAACAAUUUGAUCAAUUGGAAAAGAUGAGUUUCCAAAAUUCUUCAAGAGACAAUAUGCUCCAAUCUCAUCAGCACCAGCAAUUUCAGCAGCAACCCAAUCAAUUUCAACAGCAGCAGCAAUUAGUUCACAACCAACGCCAACAGAAGCAGCAAAAUCAGCAAGCCCAGCAUUUGUCAACUAAUGAUGUUUUUGUUCAGUCUCCGAUGACAUCUGAUUUAAGCAGUCAAGCAAAGCGUGAUAAUGAAGUUAUGCACUCACAAACAGAACAGUUCCAAAUGUCGGAGAUGCAUAAUCAAUACCAUCAGCACUCUGCUGAAGAUCGUUUGAGGAAUACUCAGCAUAACGCAUCUGGUCAGCAUGAUCUCUCCUCUUCAUCGUCCCAAACUUCUCAGCAAAUGCAACAAAUGUUGCAUCCUCACCAAUUGAUUGCAGAGACUCGAAAUGAUUUCAGUUCUCUUUCUGUUGGAGCUCAAUCAGAAUCAGCACUUCAGGGUCAAUGGCGUCCUCAAUUGCAAGAUGGGAGUCACAGGCAGGUCCACAUGUCACAUGAUCAGCAUGUCCAAGAAGAUUUCCGUCAGAGAAUAUCUGGGCAAGAUGAAGCUCAGUGUAAUAAUCUUUCGUCAGAAGGACCUAAUGUUAGUCAAACUGUUGCCUCUAGAAGCACAUCUCAUCCCCAGAAUCAGGAUCGGUUCAGAAAUCAACAGAGAUGGCUUUUGUUCUUGCGCCAUGCUCGUAAAUGUCCAUCUUCUGAAGGGAAAUGUAAAGAAUCUCAUUGUUUAACAGCGCAAAAGUUGUUGAAACAUAUUGAAAUAUGCAUGUCAUUCCAAUGCGCAUAUCCUUACUGUCCUCGUACCAAGAAGUUGCUUCAUCAUCACAAGAGUUGCUCGGAUUCAGCUUGCCCAGUUUGUGUUCCUGUCAAGAAUUAUAUUCAGACACAUAAUAAGGUGCAGACCCGUCUUGUUCCUGAAUCUGGUGUUCAGAAUGGAUCUUGUAAAGCCUAUGAUAGUGUUGACACUUCUGCUACAUUGAUUUCUAAGAUUCCUCCAGUUGCUGAAACUUCUGAAGAGCCGCAACCAUCUAUGAAACGCUUGAAGAUAGAGCAGUCCUCUCAAUCAAUUAUUCCUGAUUCUGUAAGUAAUGCAGUAACGGCUUCUGCAAUUAAGGAACCCCAUGUAUCCCAGGAUACACAGAUUCAGGAUUACCAACAGAGUGAAAUUUCUAUGCCAAUUAAAUCUGAGUUUAAGGAAGUGAAAAUAGAAGCUUCUUUAAGUUCUGGACAUGGGAAUCUUGAUGAGAUGAAGGAUAGUUUUGAGGAGAACUGCAAUCAAAGGCAGGAUAGUGUGCCUGCCCCUUAUAAUGAGCCUGCUGGUUUAGCUAAGCAAGAAAGCAUCAAACUUGAGAAAGAAAUUGAUCCAGCUAAACAAGAAAAUGCUAUGCAGACUGUGGAAAAUCCAGCUGGAACCAAGUCUGGGAAGCCUAAAAUAAAGGGCGUGUCGUUGACUGAAUUGUUCACUCCAGAGCAAGUUAGGGCACACAUUACAGGUCUCAGACAGUGGGUUGGCCAGAGCAAAGCAAAGGCAGAGAAGAACCAAGCAAUGGAACAUGCAAUGAGUGAGAACUCCUGUCAGUUGUGUGCAGUAGAGAAGCUUACGUUUGAACCACCGCCUAUGUAUUGUACACCUUGUGGUGCUCGUAUAAAGCGCAAUUCUAUGUAUUAUACAAUGGGGGCUGGUGACACACGGCAUUAUUUUUGUAUUCCAUGCUAUAAUGAGGCUCGUGGAGAUACAAUAAUUGUUGAUGGGACAGCCAUUCCAAAGGCAAGGCUAGAGAAGAAGAAAAAUGAUGAGGAAACAGAAGAAUGGUGGGUCCAAUGUGACAAGUGUGAAGCUUGGCAACAUCAAAUCUGUGCUUUGUUCAAUGGCCGAAGAAAUGAUGGUGGACAAGCUGAGUACACUUGCCCUAAUUGCUAUAUACAUGAGGUUGAAAGGGGAGAGCGUAAGCCAUUACCGCAGAGUGCUGUUUUGGGGGCCAAAGAUUUGCCAAGGACAAUACUCAGCGACCACAUAGAGCAACGGUUAUUUAAGAAACUAAAGGUGGAAAGACUAGAGAGGGCGAGACAGCAGGGAAAAAGUUAUGAUGAGGUUCCUGGAGCAGAAUCACUUGUAAUUAGAGUUGUGUCAUCUGUCGACAAAAAAUUGGAAGUAAAGCAGCGGUUUUUAGAAAUAUUUCAGGAAGACAAUUAUCCCACGGAGUUCCCAUAUAAAUCUAAGGUUGUAUUGCUGUUCCAGAAAAUUGAAGGUGUAGAAGUAUGCUUAUUCGGCAUGUAUGUUCAAGAAUUUGGAGCCGAAUGUCAAUUUCCAAAUCAGCGCCGUGUUUAUCUAUCGUAUUUGGAUUCUGUUAAGUAUUUUAGGCCUGAGGUUAAGGCGGUGACUGGAGAAGCUCUCCGCACAUAUGUUUACCAUGAAAUUCUAAUUGGAUACCUCGAAUAUUGCAAGCUACGUGGGUUUACAAGCUGCUAUAUUUGGGCAUGUCCUCCAUUGAAGGGUGAAGAUUAUAUUUUAUAUUGUCAUCCGGAAAUUCAGAAAACACCGAAAUCUGAUAAGCUUCGUGAAUGGUAUUUGGCAAUGCUUAGGAAAGCCUCUAAGGAAAACAUCGUAGUCGAGCUCACUAAUUUAUACGAUCAUUUCUUUGUAACUAAUGGUGAAGGCAAGGCUAAGGUCACUGCAGCUAGGCUGCCCUACUUUGAUGGUGACUACUGGCCCGGUGCUGCUGAGGAUCUCAUUUAUCAAAUGCGUCAAGAUGAGGAUGGGAGAAAACAGAAUAAGAAAGGAUCAACCAAAAAGACAAUAACAAAAAGGGCUCUAAAAGCAUCUGGGCAGACUGAUCUCUCUGGUAACGCGUCAAAGGACCUGCUCCUAAUGCACAAACUUGGUGAAACUAUUAGCCCGAUGAAGGAAGAUUUCAUCAUGGUUCAUUUGCAGCACGCAUGCUCUCACUGCUGUGUACUAAUGGUAUCUGGAAAACGUUGGGCUUGCAAUCAAUGCAGAUAUUUUCAGCUAUGUGAUAAGUGUUAUGAAGCAGAGCAGAAACGGGAAGAAAGGGAGAGACACCCUAUCAAUAUGAGGGAUAAACAUGACUUCCGUCCUUUUGACAUCACUGAUGUACCAGUGGAUACGAAGGACAGAGAUGAGAUUCUUGAGAGCGAAUUCUUUGACACUAGACAGGCGUUUCUGAGUCUUUGUCAAGGGAAUCAUUAUCAGUAUGAUACUUUACGGAGGGCUAAACAUUCCUCUAUGAUGGUCCUUUACCAUCUUCAUAAUCCAACGGCUCCUGCAUUUGUGACAACAUGCAAUAUAUGUCAUCUCGACAUUGAAGCAGGUCAAGGUUGGCGUUGUGAAGUUUGCCCUGAAUAUGAUGUGUGCAAUAGUUGUUAUCAGAAGGAUGGUGGUGUCGAUCAUCAUCAUAAAUUGACAAAUCAUCCAUCCAUUGCUGACCGUGAUGCACAAAACAAGGAAGCUAGGCAAAUGCGAGUUGUACAGCUUAGGAGAAUGCUUGAUCUUCUAGUGCACGCAUCACAAUGUCGUUCUGCACAAUGUAUGUACCCCAAUUGUCGCAAGGUCAAGGGACUUUUUCGCCAUGGAAUUCAAUGUAAAGUUCGUGCAUCUGGAGGUUGUGUUCUUUGUAAGAAAAUGUGGUAUCUCCUGCAACUUCAUGCUCGAGCUUGCAAAGUAUCUGAGUGCCAUGUGCCUCGUUGCAGAGAUCUAAAAGAACAUUUGAGGAGGCUGCAGCAACAGUCUGAUUCAAGGCGAAGAGCUGCCGUGAUGGAGAUGAUGAGACAGAGAGCUGCCGAGAUAAACAAUUCUGGGUAAUAAAAUUGUAAAUAUAAGAUUGGAAAGUCUUGGAGGAAAGAAAAAAAAAAAAAUUCGGAUGGGGACAGUAAUUUUCUGCUGCUUGGAAGGGGAGACACCCGAAGGAGCGCUCAUAGAAGACUAAAGGGGAGCAUUUUACCAUACAGCAUAUUGGUUUAUAUUCACUUUUAGGGAACAAUUCUUUGGUUCUUAUCUCCUUGACUCAAUCGUCCCCAAGAGAAGACAUGCAAAAAUGAUCAACUCGAGCUUGCCGUCUUCCACAGCUGCAAGCAAUGCCCCGUUGACGUGGAAGUUAUCUGUUUUCCUCAGUCUGGCCCAGUUCGGCGAUUCUUUGAUUUUAUCCUCUUGUAGUUUAUCAAAUGCCAUUUGGCAAAUGUACUAUAUCAUACUUCUUACAAAGAAAUGUGGAAGGGAGGUUAGUUUAAGAUCAAUCUCUUUCAUCUACCCUCCCCUUUUGUAGUUGUGUUCUUAAUUGAAGGAAUAAGUAGCUUCGUUUAAACUGCCUCAAUUAGUUCUCAUUGACGUUCAAUCUCAUGUUAAUAUAUAUAGUCCACAGUAUUUCCAUAUCAA